UCGAGUUAUCAGGAGGAUUUUAGGAGGACAAAGAGCAACAGAGUUGUGUAACUCAGCGACUGCACCCCAUUCUGAGGUAAACUCUCAGCUACAGCGGGUUAAAAUGGCCACACGCUGGGGAAUAUGUAGUGCAGGUAAAAUUAGUCAUGACUUCUUGGUUGCUUUACGAACCCUUGCUCCAGAAGACCACGAGGUAGUGGCUGUUGCAGCGAGGGAGCUGCAGCAUGCUGAAGAAUUUGCCAGAAAGCACAAAAUCCCUGUAGCAUAUGGAAGUUAUGAAGAGUUGGCCAAAGAUCCAAACGUUGAUGUGGUUUACGUUGGCACCGUCCAUCCUCACCACCUGACUAGUGGCAAGCUCUUCAUGAAGGCCAAGAAGAGCGUGCUGAUAGAGAAGCCACUGGCCAUGAAUCUGAGGGAGGUGCAGGAGCUGCUAUCUGCAGCCAGAGACAAUAAUGUCUUCCUAAUGGAGGCAGUUUGGACACGAUUCUUUCCCGUGUCCCUUGAAGUAAAGAGACGUCUGAGCCAGGGUGAGGUGGGGGAGGUUCAGAUGGUGAGGGCUGAUCUGGGGGCCCCUCUCACCCACAUCCCUCGCAUGGUUGAGAAAGAGUUAGGAGGGGGGGCUCUGCUGGACCUGGGUGUCUACUCUCUGCAGUUUGUCCUCAUGGUUUUCAACGGAGAGAGGCCAGAGUCCAUCCAGGCCACUGGACACUGCAUUGACACAGGUGAUUGUUUCCAGUGUUUACCACCCAGUAUCUACGUCUUUUGUCCAGGUGUUGAUGGAACCGUUGUUCUGGUCCUGAGGUUCUCAGGGAACAGAUUGGCUGUCUGCACUUGUUCUAUCACCAUGGUGAUGGCCUGUGACGCUGUCGUCAAUGGAACCAAAGGCAGCAUGAUGGUACCCGAGCACAUGUGGUGCCCCACAACCUUGAAGGUGAAUAAGAAAGAGAUGCAGUUCCCGCUGCCGGAGGUUUCCAUGCCACUAAACUUCAUCAACAGCACAGGUCUGAGAUAUGAAGCUGAGGAGGUCCGCCGCUGUCUGCAGGAAGGACUGAAGGAGAGUCCAGGGAUGCCGUGGUCUCACUCCAGCCUGAUCGCGGAAAUUAUAGACGAGGCCAGAAGACAACUGGGAGUGACGUACGACCAAGACCACAUUCAGUGAUAUCUCAGCGACCACAGCAAGGGAGCAGGCCAAAACCUCAACAUGCAGAAUGAUGGGAUCAUAAUGUCAAUGCUGUCUGAGCGUGUGCAAUACAGUAUCAUCAAUAUUUGUUGCAGUAAUAAUUGUAAUUGCUUCAUCCAAAAAAAACAAGUUUUUGUUGGCUGUGACAGCGAGCCAGAGCCAUGAAUAUAUUCAACUGUUCUGAAUGAGUCCAUGAUCGGUCUGUGCUCGCCUCUGCGGUGUGACGUGUCACCAUGUUUCCUCUGAGAAACAAAAACAGGUCAUUGCAGUUAUCAGUGGACCGGUUCAUCGUGUAUUCCCUCUUCAUUAAGGAGUUUUUAUUGAACCAUUGAAUUUGAAUUUAUUGAAGGAUAGCCCUUUGAGAUGCAGCAUCUCAUUUUCAAGGGCGUCCCAACACAAAGCAAUACUUUUACCAUAACCUAUUCAUAAAAAUCCCUUUUACACAAAACAUUACACAAAUGUACGCGCAUUUCCAAGUAUCAUCACUGGUUGAUUUGUAGCUGAAAGACCUUUUAGAGCUGUGGUUCUCAGCCGGUCGGGCGUUAGAACCCACCCCCACCUCCUCUGGAGGAAUAGUGACCCGGAUUUUCAGAAAGGUUCCACUCCAGUUUUAGAGCUCAGAGUACUUUUGACUAAAUUUAA